GCCAUACUCACGCUGGUGGCCACCGUCCAGUCUGCAGCGGUCAGCCUUACAGAUCGCCAUCCUGUUAACUGACUAACUUCAGGCAUCUCCCCGAACACUGUAGAGUUGUGAAGCGUGCCUUCCAGACUAGUAAGCUAAGCACGAAUACGGUACCUGAAAUCAACCCGCAAACAAAGUUGUGUGUUGUAUUUUGGCCGUAAAGCAGAGAAUCUGGGUCACACGUUUGCUGUCACUAGUGAGAUGCGACACAAAGCCUAUCCUGAUGCCUUGAUACAGAAACGCUCAACAAGCGCACAAUUCCACCCAAGCCAACCGCAAGCCAGUCGCACACCAGGACCCAGCCACGACAAAAUACACCCAUAUAAUGGUCGACCCUGACGCGCCAGACAUGGAACUACCUCUGUUCCUCCACUUUCUGCAUUACAAAAUCUACGACUUGCAACCAGACUGUCCCGGACCGGACCCCGAAGUGCAGGCAAGCUACAUGCUACUCACUCCGCUUUCCGUCUCUCAACACCGCUAUAUAUUGCUUGUGUACAGGCAGCCGCCGAACUACACGCCGACUCCUAUCGACCCUGUCACGCUUGUGGCGCAUGCGCCCUUCAAUCUUCAGCAAUAUGCUGCUGACAACAAGCUUGAGCUUGUUGGUGGCAACUUCAUGCAGGAGGGUCUCAGCAACGUGCUUUCAGCGCCGUGAGCUGUUGAACGAACAUGUAGCAUACUGCCUCUGUAUAAGGGUAUCCGGCACGCAUGCGUACCUGUGAGAUGAGAUGUGUAUGGUACCAUGUGUAUGCAAAUACUCAUAUUGAAUAGCAGCAUCUGUCACGAGGUC